AUUGUGUCAUAAAACAUAUAUCUUCUUUUCCAAUCUCUCUCUAUCUAUCUGACUCCAAAUUUCUCUCAAGAAAAUGGAUAGAAGCAGCGCAGAUGAGAGCACAACUAGCGACUCUAAAUCGGCGCCGGCGAAGACGACGACGAAAUGGCCGGCGGAGAAGCUGUGCCGGAUGGGGAGCGGCGGGAGCGUGAUCAUCGACGCGGAGAACGGCGGCGUGGAGGCGGAAUCGAGCCGGAAACUGCCGUCGUCGAGGUUCAAAGGGGUGGUGCCGCAGCCCAACGGCCGGUGGGGGGCCCAAAUCUACGAGAAACACCAGCGCGUGUGGCUGGGGACGUUCAACGAGGAGGAGGAGGCGGCGAGGGCGUACGACGUCGCCGCCACGCGCUUCCGCGGCCGUGAGGCGGUGACGAAUUUUAAUAAGCCGUUGCAGAUUUUUGCGGAGGGGGGCCGAAACGACGACGUUCAGGUCGCCUUCUUGAACGCCCACUCUAAGCUAGAGAUCGUGGACAUGCUGAGAAAGCAUACUUAUGGGGAAGAGCUUGAGCAGUUUAAGGCCGCGUUUGGAAAGUUUAGGAACCGAUCUAACCGCAAAGACGAUAAUACCCUCGACAAUCCCAACAAUUCCUCGACCCGCGAGCCGCUGUUCGAGAAAGCCGUGACGCCGAGCGACGUGGGGAAGCUGAACCGGCUCGUCAUCCCCAAACAGCACGCCGAGAAACACUUCCCGCUCCAAGCCGCCGCCGCCGCCGCGCCGAAAGGAAUCCUCCUAAAUUUCGAGGACAAAACCGGAAAAGUCUGGAGAUUCCGGUACUCCUAUUGGAACAGUAGCCAAAGCUACGUGUUAACCAAGGGGUGGAGCCGGUUCGUGAAGGAGAAAAGCUUGAAAGCCGGAGAUGUCGUCAGCUUCCAGCGCGCCGCAGGCCCGGAAAAGCAGCUCUUCAUAGACUGCAAAACCGGACCGGCCGGUUCAAGCUUCGUUCAAGCGCAACACAAAACCGCGCCGGCUCAGGUGGUUAGACUUUUCGGCGUUAACAUAUGGAAGGCGGCCGCCGGAGACGUUAACGGUAACGGCGGCGAUAUUAGUAGCUGCGGCGGCGUGAAGCGGCUGAGGGAGAUGGAUUUACUGGGAGUAGACGGUGGCAAGAAGCAAAGGGUUAUUGAUGCUUUGUAACAUUCUUAGACUAAUAAUUCCUCUUUUCUCUCUUUUCUUUCAUAAUUUUGUGUUCCAAAUUUCAAGUGUAUAUUAUCCCAAAUGAAACAAAAGGAAAAUGGAAAUAGAUCUUAAAAAGAACCUUUUUAAUGUUAUUCA